UAGAAUGAAUAAUCCAAAUAACUGACUCACUUAUGAUUAUAUUCAACAUCAUCAUCGUCUUAUCCUUAUCUCAAUUGUUUGGGGUUAGAAACACUAAUCCUGUUCCAUUAAUAAGUUCAAGAUUCAUGAAAAUAUGUGGAAAAGUUUUACAAUGUGGCUGCCUACAAACAGAACCCUCCUCCUUUAUCUAGGCUUGAGAUUGGCAUGACCUGCCAUGGUGGAGUUUGAAAAAUUCAUUUAUCAUCCUCCAACAUUAUCCUCACAAACUUUUUAUUCCUACCCAUAUCACAUAGAUCUUACUCUUGCUAUACAUCUUGCCACCAUGCCAUUGCUGCUCAUAACUUGUUUUCUCUUCUUACAGGUAUUUUAAUUACAAUUACAAUGGGAGCAAUACUUAUAACAAUAGCAAUUAUUAUGAUGUCCAAAGGAAAAAUUAAAAUGUCCAAAGGAGUAGAGGGCCAGGAUGUUGAGGAGUUCCUUAGGAAUUAUGGAAAUGAAAUGCCCACAAGAUACUCAUACAAAGACAUCAAAAAAAUGACCAACAACUUCAGGGAAAAGUUAGGUCAGGGAGGGUUUGGAAGUGUAUACAAAGGUAAGCUCAUUGACGGGCGCCUCAUUGCUGUAAAGGUGCUAGCAGAGCCAAAGGGUAGUGGUGAAGAAUUUAUUAAUGAAGUUGCAACCAUUGGCCGUAUACACCACAUAAAUGUGGUUCGCCUUCUUGGUUUCUGUGCUGAUGGUUGGCGAAAAGCUCUUAUAUAUGACUUCAUGCCCAAUGGCUCUCUCGAAAGAUUCAUUUUCUUUGACAAACCGCGAAGCCAUUGCCUCCAUUGGGAAACACUGUAUAAAGUAGCACUUGGUACGAGUCGUGGGCUCGAAUAUUUGCACCGUGGUUGUGAAACUCGCAUACUCCAUCUCGAUAUCAAGCCUCAUAACAUUUUGUUGGAUGAAGACUUUUGCCCCAAGAUUUCUGAUUUUGGUCUCGCAAAGCUAUACUCCAAUAAACAAAGUGUAAUAUCACUCACUGGUGCUCGAGGAACGAUUGGUUACAUGGCUCCUGAAGUGUAUUCAAGAUCAUUUGGAGUUGUUUCACAUAAAUCCGAUGUGUAUAGCUUUGGAAUGUUGCUCUUGGAAAUGGUUGGUGGGAGAAAAAAUUUUGAUCAACGAGCUAAUUCUAGUGAAGUAUACUUUCCAGAUUGGGUGUAUUCUCGCCUUGAAUGUGGAGGAGAUCUUGAAGUGGGACAUAUCAAAGGAGAGGAAAAAGAAAUGGCAAAAAGGAUGAUGGUAGUUGGUCUUUGGUGCAUACAAAUCAACCCAACGGACCGUCCAUGUAUAACCAAGGUGGUUGAAAUGCUUGAUGGUAACUCGCAAACUUUAGUUUUGCCUCCUAAGCCUUCAUUCUCUUCUCCAAAGAAGAGAUCUUCCCUCGAGUCAGAUUCUGGCCAUACAGAAAUGUCCAUAUUGUGAUAAAGGCGUAAUAAUCCUUGGAGGUGAGUUACUCAGCCUCUACCUCUGACCCAGGCGAGUACGUUGCUUGGUCUCACUCCAAAAUGGAAAAUGGGAUUUAAGGGAGAGAGAGGAGAUGAGGAAAGUAAAACUGGGAUUCAAAGAAGGGCUUGAAGAAUAUGCAGAGAAAACCAAGACUCUACGUCCAUCAGAUUCCAAUAAUCUCCCGGUACAAGCAAGCCUUGUUCUGUUAUCUCUAGCUGACAAUUGACAGUGGGAAAUGGAAUUGACGGAAGGCUAUUCAAGAAAAAUCAAAAUAUGUGGCGAUGAGAAAUUACAGCAAAGGGUUUUUCAUGGCAAGUAGAGAGCAAAUGUUCGGCUUUUUAAUGUUGCAAAGCCAGAUAUACGAAGAUGGUUUUUAGGAAGAAAUAUUUGAGAGAAAGGGUCUUCGGUUGAAAGAUAGCUACAUAAUAGAUAAAUGGAAAAGUAUACAAUGACAUCAUUUAUCUUUAGUGUAAGGUGGUCACGUUUAAUCUUUGACCAUUGGAAGUGAAAUUCGGUAGUUGUAUUUAUUUUAUUGACCAAGCUCAAAUGAGAUAUUGUGACACACCCAAGCUAUC